AUGUCGAGAUCGACGAAAAUUGGUAGUGACAGUCAGGCUCCUGCUCCCUGGCUUCUCACCAUACUGAUCGCUUCUUCGAUCGCGGUCCAGCACGUGGUCCACGGGGCCGUCCAGGUGGGGUUCUACGACGCAACAUGCAGCGCUGCUGAAUCCAUUGUGAAGGGUGCGGUGCAAUCGGCUGUCGCCUUGGAUGGGACCAUCGCUGCCAGUAUCAUUCGCUUGCACUUCCACGACUGCUUCGCUCAGGGUUGCGAUGCAUCCAUCAUGCUCACCGGAACGGGCUCGGAGCGAGAUGCACCGCCGAACCUAUCUGUGAGAGGCUACGGCGUCAUCAACGAUGCCAAAGCUCAGCUGGAAUCCAGUUGCCCAGGAGUGGUUUCCUGUGCCGACAUAAUCGCCCUUGCUGCGCGAGACUCUGUCGAAAUCCUAGGUGGAGCCACGUACGGUGCAGAAACUGGGCGCUUCGAUGGCGCUGCUCCCGCCGCAAGUGUGAACAUACCGUCCCCGAACUCCGCUGUGGCGGAGGCCACUCCAUUCUUCACCAAUCUUGGCCUCACGCAGGACGACAUGGUCAACCUUCUUGGUGCGCACACCGUCGGCGUCUCGCAGUGCCAGUUUUUCGUCGACCGCUUGUACAACUUCCAGGGCACCGGUUUGCCCGAUCCCAGCCUGGACGCGACGUAUUUGGCCGUGCUUCAGUCUCGCUGCCCAAACGUGGCCGGCGACGUGACCACCGUGGCCCUGGACCAAGGUUCCGAGUCGUCCUUCGACACCGGCUACUUCACCAACAUCCAGGCGAGCAAAGGAGUUCUUCGGAUCGACCAGGAGAUUGCAAACGACGCCAGCACGAGCGGGAGAGUUAACACCCUCGCUGCCUCCCCGUCCACCUUUGGCACAGACUUCGCGACCUCCAUGAUUGCAAUGGGGAGGAUCGCCGUGCUCACUUCUGGAAGCGUCCGCUCCGACUGCGAGACAGCUUGA